UUACGUGAAGGUUCUUCUUCAUCACACAUUCCUUCACUCAGGUAUUUCUGAGUGCUCAUUUACUCCGAACAUUACGGUAGUAGAGGAGGCUUCGGCUGGAAGGCACCCUGCAGAGAUACAACAUAAUAGUGUCUCAGUGCUGGGAAGUAACAUUGGAGUUAGCAGUGCAGGCAGCACAGGCGCUGAAGACACAACUUCCCCAGUCUCUGACACCAAUGACCAACGAGGCACUGUCACCUGUGUGCAUUGCAACACAAGCAUUUCGUCAGCACAUGCGGCACUCCUAGCAGGAGAAGGGCCGGGCAGCCUCCAAUAGGUGGUGGCAAUGAGGUCCCAGGUUACAGGAUAAAGGUUUAUGGGAGGGAGAAAAGUGCAGACGUCACAGAACACACAGACUUAGAAGAGUGCAAACAUCUGAUCGCUUCUUACAAGGGCACCUGGAUGGGCAGAGGUGCCAGGCUCCAAUCAUGAAGGCAGCACCUGUGUAGACUGGGCUCACCAGGUUAUUAAUAAAAAUAUUAUAGGCAGAACGGAGCAGAAAGAAAUCCCUCAUUCAACAACUUCAGCCCUAUGGAUAACCAUCAUUCUAACUGAAGGCAAGCACUUGAAACUAGUCAUGGCCUUGCUACUUUUUGGAAUGUGUUUUUUCUUUAUCCAACCUCAGGGAGUGCCUUCUCGGCCUACCUCAGGUGACAUAAGGAUCUUCACAUCUUCAUCUCCAGCUUAUGAGAUAAACAACAUCCCUCAUCCUAAUGGUACCUACAAGCAUCUGCCACACACCAUUAUUAUUGGAGUACGUAAAGGUGGGACUAGGGCUCUGUUAGAAAUGCUCAGUCUCCAUUCUGACAUUGCUGUUGCUGAGAGUGAGAUACAUUUCUUUGAUUGGGAAAACCAAUAUGAAAAAGGUCUACAAUGGUACCUGAGCCAAAUGCCGUUCUCCUACUCCCACCAACUUACAGUGGAGAAAACUCCAGCCUACUUUACAUCAACUCAAGUUCCUGGACGGGUCUACAAUAUGAAUAGCACCAUCAAGAUCUUACUGAUCUUGAGAGAUCCCAUUGAAAGAGUUUUAUCAGACUACACCCAAGUCUAUUAUAAUCACUUGCAGAAAAAUAAAACCUAUCCUCCUGUGGAGAGCCUACUUCUAAGGAAUGGAGAACUCAAUACCGACUACAAAGCAAUAAACAGGAGUUUAUAUUACAGUUAUAUGGAAAACUGGCUCAACUACUUUCCGCUCAAAAACAUUCAUAUUGUUGAUGGAGACUAUUUGAUCAAGGAUCCAUUCCCUGAAAUGCAGAAGGUAGAGAGGUUUCUGAACCUUUCUCCUCAGAUCAAUGCAUCCAAUUUUUACUUCAACAAGACCAAAGGGUUCUAUUGCUUACGGGACAGUGGUCGGGAGCGUUGCUUACAUGAGUCCAAAGGACGGGCUCACCCACACAUAAGCUCCUUUCUCUUAGGGAAAUUACGGGACUACUUCUACGAACCCAAUAAGAAGUUCUUUGACCUUGUCGGGAGGACAUUUAAUUGGCUGUAAAUGAAAAAGUUAGGUUGUAACAUGAACUUUUAGGAAUGUUACUUUGUAUUUAAUAUUUAAGCUAUAACUUAUUUAUAAAAGGACUAUGUCUAAAGGACUAGGAUAUGAAGAAAUAAGCUAGUUUUAUUUUUCUACUGUAUAACUGUGACUACUCUUUGUAUAGAUUUUCAAGGAUAAUAAACAAUAAUUUUGGA